AUGGGCACUCGUGACUCUAUAUCCUCUGUCCAACCCGACCUGGAGCAACCCUCCCAUGCCCGCGGCCAUGGCAGCGACGGUAUCGAUGAACUCGACGAGUCCCGUCUCGCCCAGUUCGGCUACAAGCAAGAACUCAACCGCGACUGGGGUCUAGCUCACAACUUUGGCGUAUCCUUUUCCAUCAUCUCUGUCAUCACCGGUCUCACCACCCUCUUCUCCUAUGGCCUCGCCACCGGCGGUCCAGCCGUCAUGUCCAUCUCUUGGAUCGUCAUUUCCUUCUUUACCCUCCUUGUCGCCAUCGCCAUGGCCGAAAUCGUCUCCGCCAUCCCUACCUCCGGCGGCCCCUAUUUUUGGUCCGCCAUGCUCGCCCCUCCACGGUGGUCCCCCUUCUUAGCCUGGCUAACGGGCUGGUUCAACUUACUCGGGCAAGUAGCCGUCACGACGGGCAUCACAUUCGGGCUGGCGGGCCUGGUGUCUACAGCCAUCACGGUCAAGAACCCCGAUUACGAACCGACGGCUGCCAAGACGAUUGGCAUCUAUGCGGCCCUGUUGGUUAGUCAUGGCGUGGUGAACACGUUUGGCGUGAAGGGGCUGAGGUUCUUGAAUAACGUGAGCAUUGUCCUGCACAGCGCGGGGAUUACGGCGCUUUGUAUUGCUGUUUUGGCCAAGGCGCCCAAGCUCCAGAGCGCCAAGUUCGUGUUUGGGACGUAUCAUGAUGGAACGGCAGCCGAAGAAGGGACAGAAGGUUGGGGCCAACGCGCCUCCCCAGCAUAUGUGGUCCUCUGCGGCGCUUUACUGUCUCAGUACACCCUCACUGGUUUUGACGCCAGUGCACAUCUGAGUGAGGAGACAAAGAAUGCGAGUUGGUCUGCGCCCAUCGGCGUAGUGAGCUCUGUAGGGUUCAGCUCGCUCUUUGGCUUUUUCGUGCUCAUGGCUCUCCUUUUCAGCAUCCAGGACUUUGAGAGCACGCUGAAUAGCAAGUAUGGGCAGCCCGUGCUACAAAUCUUGGUGGACGUCGCUGGCGAGGAUGGCGCCCUGGUCUUGUUCAGCUUGAUCAUGCUUUGUGUCUGGCAUUGUGGGCUGUUCAGCAUGACGAGUAAUUCGCGCAUGAUGUUUUCGUUUGCGCGUGACAGAGGCAUUCCCUCCUUCUUCCACCAAGUCGACGACCGCUUCAAAUCCCCUAUCCGCGCCGUCUGGCUCGCCGCUACCCUCUCCUUCAUCCUCGCCCUCCCCUCCUUAGGGAGCGAUGUCGCCUUCGCAGCCGCCACCUCCAUCGCCACCAUCGGUCUGUACCUCUCCUACGGCCUGCCUAUCAUGAUCGGUUUCUUCUGGCACAAGAACUUUACAGCCAUGAAGGGCCCCUUCAACCUCGGCGCUCUCUCCCGUGUCAUCGCUGGCGCGGCAUGCUUGUGGAUCUGUUUCAUCACGGUGGUGUUCUGCUUGCCUACUGCCAACCCGGUCACGAGCCAGACGCUGAAUUAUACCGUGGUAGCGGUGGGGAUCAUUGCGGUCGGGUCAAUAGGGUCGUGGGUCGUUUGGGCAAGACGGUGGUUUACGGGCCCGGCGGCCGAGGUGGCCGAGGCCAUGAGGUUGGGUGUUGAUAUCACUGAGCCGGGGGCGUUGGAGAAAAAGGAGAAGGAGGCGUUGGAGGGUGCGAGAAUGGAAGGGGAGAGGGAAGCGAGGGAAAGGGAGGAGAAGCAGCCGCCUGCUGUUAGUGAGUGAUCAAUUAUGCUCGAAGCAUGGUACAAUACAUCAAUACAACUCCCUCGCUCUUAUUCCA